CAGAAAUUCUCCACCAAAUCAGAUGUCUGGAGUUACGGAAUUCUUCUGUGGGAGCUGUUUUCCUACGGCAGAGCUCCCUACCCUAAGUUGACCAGUUUCUGCCAAAAUGACAUUCUUCCUCAAAACUAUGAUUAGCGGGAAAAUGAAAGAUCUGGGAGUUGGUGGAGGAGGAGGAGGAGAAGAGGCGACGACAGAGGAAGGAGAUGGAAAGCCAACUGCAAAAAGCACAGGAAUGACAAGGGAAGAGUUUGAGGAAUACCAGCGUCAGCUGCUGGAGGAAAAAAUCGAACGAGAUAAUGCAUUCACACAAAAAAAAGCAGAAAGGGCGACAGUUCGAUUACACAUGAGGGAGAAGUAUCGACUACCACAUAGUGACAAGGAUGAUAGUCAAAUACAGAUGGCUGGGGGAGAUGUGGAACUGCCUGAAGAACUGGCAAAGAUGGUGCAAGAAGAUGAGGAUGAGGAAGAAGCUAAUGAUUCAUUUUUUGGGACCAUUCAAAACAUGGACUUUGACACCAUCAAGACCAAGGCCCAAGAAACAUUCACGGAAAUAAAGCAGACAGCUGAGGAAAAAUGUUCAGUGAUGUAACUCUCAUUACAUCUGUGACUUAGUGAAGUUCAGUCAGAUGAGAUUUCCCCAUUAUCAUGAUUGGUGUCACCACACUUGUUCUCGUGAUACUGGAAGCAAUAGGGAUACAGGUUAACCAUGAAUUAGAAUAGGAGAUGGCAUAGUGCAGGAAAUAUGCCAACUGAUACAAGCAUGGGAUUCUAAUGUACCUAACUGAAAGAGAU